GAAUUUCUGACAAUACGACAUAGAGUCCCUCGAGGAGAGGUACCUUCAGCAUGGCCCAUAAAAGCCAAGCUGGUGGAAUUGAGGAAAACGGGUCGCUUUCCUCCGUCCUCUGCUGUAAGAGUGAUUUAAAGGAAGGAUCCCUGCAGCGGGUGAAAGAACCCCUCAAUGGCCAGGUGCUCACGGUGCUCAGCAUGAACAACAACUGCUCAGCCACCUCCUUUGACAUGGAGCUUUGUGCAGAGAAACUGAAGUCCCUUGGGGUUCAGGUGGCAGCGGAUCAGUGGAGAAGGUUAAUCCAGGAUGCUGUCCUGAAACCUGAAGUGAGACGGUACAUGUUGUACAACUCCAGGGCGUUCCGGAUAGCCAUCGCCAUGGUUUUCUACAUGUCUCUCUGGACAAACAUUUACUCCACAGUCCAGCUGUGUUCCUUCGGACGCUACUGGGAGGCCAUCGUACUGGUGACCCUGGCUGCCGUAGCAGUCACUGUAGUGGUGAUACUGGUGAUCGACCGUCGCCAGAAGAAGAUAAAUAUGAAUACAGAUGUGAGGCUGGCAGCUGUCAAUGAAAUCUUUAUCAAACACGGUUUAAUAGUGGGGAUUACAGAUGCCCUGGAUGGGCCACACAACAUCCUACAACUGUGGUUCGUGCACUUCAGCCCGGAGCAGUGCCUCCAGUCCUUGUCAGCCCACAUCAUGGACCUGCAGAGGACACAAGAGUCGGGCUUGCGGCACAGCCUGGACGAGCUCUGUGUGGUUAUGGAGGCGGUGGUUCAGCCUGACCCGGGGACGAAGGAGGAGGCUUCAUGUGAAGAUUCCCCUCUUUUAUCCAGUGGCGUGAACCUAAAUAAAAAACCUGUGACGUGCAAUGAGAUGCUCCGCCUCGUUCCCGAGGGCCCACCGGAGGUGAUGGCCCAGCAGCUCCUGGUGAUCUUCAGCGGAUGCUAUGUCCGGCUCCUGGUCACCGGCCGGCUCCCUCGGGCCCUGGCAGGAGGGCACCUGGAGCACAGCAGUGUGCCCUGUCUUUGCCAGUUCAUUGAGACCACCGCACUCAACACACGCCAGAGCUGGGUCAUGGGCAGGUGA